GUCCUGCCGCCUCACUCCCUGCAGCUGGUGUCCUUGCCGGCCCCCGCCACGCCCGGCCGGCCACGCCCAGCACAGCCGGCACGCCGGGGCGCGCCGGGCGCGCGGGGCGCUCUGGGCGAGACGGCCGAUGUGUGGCGUGGCCUGCGGGCGCUGCAGGGUCAACAGCAACAGCAGGUGGAAGUCCUAGAGCGGCUGCAGUGCGAAUCCCAGCAGGACCACCUGAAGCUGUUGCAGCUGGCCACGCGCGUGGAACAUCUGGAGCUGAGCAGCCAAAGUUGGCCCAACUUCCUCCAGCGCGAGCUGGAAAGCCGGCUGCUGCAAGAGAGGGAGAUGCAACGGGUGCUGCAAACUCAAGGAGCCACCUGGAGCAUCCAGGCGGCUGAGCAGGGCCUGGCGAAGUUGGAGGCCACGGUGCAGGGCUUGGCGCAGCGCUUCGAGGCGCGCGUGCAGCACGUGGAGAUGGGGAGCGAUGUGAAGGUGGCCGAAGGCAUCCUGCAAGCUGAGCCACUGGCAGCGGAGCAGCUGACUGCAGCAGUGGAAUCGAGAUUGACUGAGAUCCACCUGACCCUCAGGGAGCACAGCAAUGCCUUGGAGCGCAUUGCCUCAGCUCAGCACGGCUUGGAGGAUGCCAUGGCUGGGUUACGCCUCAGCUGUGCCCAGGAGUUCUCGGCGCUGGAGGGGCUUCAGGGGCUGGAGAAACGGAUGCAGACCGUGGAACGAAGCUUUGGGGAGGUGGGGAACUCCCAGAAGUUGCUAGGUCAGAUGAAACACCUGCAGACGAUGGCAGCCGAGGGAGCCAAGCGAUGUGACCAGCUCCAGGACGAGGUGUCGCAGCAGAGUCGCUUCGCGCAGGAUCUGCACGUGGCGCAGCUGCACAACGACACAGCCGUGGAGCUGCAGAGCCAACGCUUGGACGAACGCCUGGGGCGCCUGGAGGAGGAGUGGAAGAUGCGGAAGGUGUACAAAAGUGCCGGGGACAACUCUGAGGAGUUGAAGGCACUCUGGCAGAGCAUCAGCCUGCUGACAGGGCGAGUGGAGAUGAUGGAGGCACAGCCACGCUCCGAUGCCAACGAACCACGGCCGUUGCGCGGUGCUGAGGCACCGCGGGCCGCUGCAUUGAGCGCGGUGGAGAAGAUGGAGGCGGCCACACAAAGACUGAUGGCCUACCGACCCUGACGCCUGAUGGAAAA